GAAUUUUAAGAGAAGUCGAAGACAUACAAAUCAUACAACUGAAGCUGUAGGUAGAUAGCUGCUUUGGAUGCUGUGCCACCGAGUAUAUAAACACUCGGCGACACAGCUAAUCUGCGAGUAGCAGAAAUAGCGUAGUUUAGCCGAUCGAGUCGGAGCACCGGGCGUUACCACUUCAAUACGUCAAAAGCCUUAUUGUAUAAUAUUUUGUGAAAGUCCGUAAUGCACCGUUAUCUACCUAGUAAUUCGCUAAUAUGCGAUAUGAACGAAAACAAUUCAUCCUAUGGGGAUAUGUGUUACAUAUACGAUUAUACUAUACAACCAGUGGUUACUAUAAAAUGUCUUCCAAUGAUUCGAGCUGGUCGUCGUUUCUUUCCACCUUUUUUUUCGGAGUAUUCGUGCAUCUGGUAGCUAUGCUCUUUUAUCCCGUAAUAACGACGAUGCUAAAAGCGCUACGUGAUAGUUUUCUGGAAGCGCUGGGGAUCCCACGAGAUCAUGAAAUUGAAAAGGAUCUGAUUAUGAGAGCGAUCGAAAUAGGAAGAUUUUCACCUGACGAAUUGCUCGACAUAGCGCUUAUAAUCCGAAGAAUUGGUGCUAUAGAAGACGAGCCGCGUAGACAAGCAGUGCUAAGAACAUUGCUUUUGCAUCCGGACCUUCAUCGGCUAGAGAACAACUAGAAUGGUUUUCGCCAAGUUGGACCGCCACCCGCAGCUCUAAAAUGCAGAGAAAUAAUCGAAGAUCCGCCGAAUCAAUAUCAAUUGCCGCAGGAAAAUACUUCCAAUAUGUUUAAAUCGUUAGUAUUAUACAAAGGGUCUUCCCCUAGAAGAUGGGUGAAACGGCCUCUGAGCCAUAAUGGGUUUAAAGUGGUCCAAAAAGCCACACUUGAUGUAAAAACUCUCCACACAAAUUUUUGAGCUCCCAUCCCCUCUCCUUUUGGAGAAACUGCUCCCUAAAUAUCAAAAAUUAUUCAAAGAUUUGUUUCUUACGAGGGAACCUCUUGAGGUGUCACAGUCCGAUUUGAACGGGAACGCGAUUUUUCGAAAGAGCGUAGUCUAAAACCCACAAAACCAAAUUUUCAGUUGUCCAAAUUCAUUUUUCGAUUUUUGGCGAAUUUUUGAAAAUUCAAAAUCUUGUGUUUUUGACGAUUUAUGCUUUUUUUAAAAAAGUACGUACAUGAUCAGUAAAAAUGGUCAAAAUAAGUUCCAAAACUAAUAUUAAUUACCCAAAUCCAAAUUUCACCAUUUCCAGUCAUUCUGGAGCCUCCAGAAAAAUUUUCAAUUUCUCCAGAAUUUUGAAUUUGCUCCAGAAGCCGUGAAUAUGAAGUUGGGCAGCUAUAAAUCAAGUUGUAUAUUACACUCGACCUGUUCAACGAGUUUAUCUACAUUUGAGCCGAUUUUGAGAGUGACACCUCAAGAGUGGGUUUUUGACCAGCUUUUUUCAAAAUUAAAAAAUCCAAAAAAUCAAAAGAUAACCGUUUGUGAGGGAAUUUUUGAAAUUUGCUCGAAUCGAUGUAUGUUGUCCGUAACUAACCCACCAAAUCAAAAUUUUACAAUUUCCAGGCAUUCUGGAGCCUCCAGCGCGAUUUUCAAUUUCUCCAGAAUUUUGAAUUUGCUCCAGAAGCCGUGAAUAUGAAGUUUUGGGUAGCUAAAAAUCGAGUUGUAUAUUACACCCGACCUGUUUAACCAGUUUAUCCACAUUUGAGCCGAUUUUAAGAGUGACACCUCAAGAGUGGUUUUUUGAGGUGUCACUCUCGCUCCAAAACGGCUGGAAAUGGUAGAAAUUGCGCUCCGGGGGUAGAAAUACAGCGAUUCGCACAGAUUUCAAAAAUUUCCUCACAAACGGUUAUCUUUUGAUUUUUUUGGAUUUUUUAAUUUUGAAUAAAGCUGGUCAAAAAACCACUCUUAAGGUGUCACUCUCAAAAUCGGCUCAAAUGUAGAUAAACUCGUUAAGAAGGUCGAGUGUAAUACACGACUCGAUUUUUAGCUGCCCAACUGCAUGUUCACGCCUUCUGGAGCAAAUUCAAAAUUCUGGAGAAAUUGAAAAAUCGCGCUGGAGGCUCCAGAAUAGCUGGAAAUGGUGAAAUUUGGAUGGGGAGGGGUUAGUUUUGGACAAAAUACAGCGAUUCGCGUGAAUUUCAAAAAUUUCCUCACAAACGGUUAUCUUUUGAUUUUUUUGGAUUUUUUAAUUUUGAAAAAAGCUGGUCAAAAAACCACUCUUAAGGUGUCACUCCCAAAAUCGGCUCAAAUGUAGAUAAACUCGUUAAACAGGUCGAGUAUAAUACACAACUCGAUUUUUAGCUGCCCAACUUCAUAUUCACGCAUUCUGGAGUAAAUUCAAAAUUCUGGAGAAAUUGAAAAAUCGCGCUGGAGGCUCCAGAACGGCUGGAAAUGGUACAAUUUGGAUUUUGGGGGUUAAUUUUGGACAAAAUACAGCGAUUCGCGCGAAUUUCGAUAAUGUCCUCGCAAACGGGGAACUUUUGAUUUUUUGGAUUUUUUAAUUUUGAAAAAAGCUGGUCAAAAAACCACUUUUGAGGUGUCACUCUCAAAAUCGGCUCAAAUGUAGAUAAACGGGUUAAACAGGUCGAGUGUAAUACACGACUCGAUUUUUAGCUGCCCAACUGCAUGUUCACGCCUUCUGGAGCAAAUUCAAAAUUCUGGAGAAACUGAAAAAUCGCGCUGGAGGCUCCAGAAUAGCUGGAAAUGGUGAAAUUUGGAUGGGGGGGGGGGGUUAGUUUUGGACAAAAUACAGCGAUUCGCGUGAAUUUCAAAAAUUUCCUCACAAACGGUUAUCUUUUGAUUUUUUUGGAUUUUUUAAUUUUGAAAAAAGCUGGUCAAAAAACCACUCUUAAGGUGUCACUCCCAAAAUCGGCUCAAAUGUAGAUAAGCUCGUUAAACAGGUCGAGUAUAAUACACAACUCGAUUUUUAGCUGCCCAACUUCAUAUUCACGCAUUCUCGAGUAAAUUCAAAAUUCUGGAGAAAUUGAAAAAUCGCGCUGGAGGCUCCAGAACGGGCGGAAAUGGUACAAUUUGGAUUUUGGGGGUUAAUUUUGGACAAAAUACAGCGAUUCGCGCGAAUUUCGAUAAUGUCCUCGCAAACGGGGAACUUUUGAUUUUUUGGAUUUUUUAAUUUUGAAAAAAGCUGGUCAACAAAUCACUCUUGUGGUGUCAUUCCAAAAUCGGCUCAAAUGUAGAUAAACGGGUUAAACAGGUCGAGUGUAAUAUACAACUCGAUUUUUAGCUGCUCACCUUCAUAUUUACAGCUUCUGGAGCAAAUUCAAAAUUCUGGAGAAAUUGAAAAAUCGCGCUGGAGGCUCCAGAAUGGCUGGAAAUGGUGUGGAUUUUUUAGGUAAUUAAUGAUGUAUACACAAUCUGUGAAAAUUUCAAAAUUUUUCGUCGACCCCCUCUAAGAGGCAAAUCUUAGAAUUUUUUAUGUUUAGUGGGCUGUUUCUCGAAAAGGGGAGGAGGUGGGAGCUAAAAAAUUUGUAUGGAGAGUUUUUUUUUACAUCAAAGGGUGACUUUUUGGGCCACUUUAGACCCAUUAUGGAUCAAAGGCCGUUUCACCCAUAUUAUAGGGGGAGGCCCUUUUGUUCACGUAAUCAUUCAUCAGUUGCCAUGGUGGAGUGCCUCGAAUAUGUUUAAUUUGUUCGUAUUGUAGCCAAUUUGUAGGAAUAACUUUCAUCUAAUCUAAUCAUGUUUGUGAUAUAUAUAUUAUCUAUAAUUUAUUUCAAGAGUCUUUUUUGUCGAGUCUUUAUUGUGAUUUGUAUUAUCCGAUGUGUUCUGUCUCAUGUUUUUUUUAAAGGUAUCAUUCAUAGAUAUAUGUAGAUUUAAAAACAUUACUUGUAUAUUUUCAGAUGUUAUAAUCAUAAUUUUAUGUACAGGGGUGCCCAAAAGUCAGUUAACGCCAUCAAAAGUCACAUAUAAUUCAAGAACUAAGCCUCCUAAAGAAAAACUAUAGACAUUAAUCUGAUGGGAAAUUUUAUCCUCUACAAUAAUUUUCUUCAUUUGUCAUUUUUCUCUAGGAUGCACCGUUCGCCGGGAAAAUCAACUUUUAUAUCAAAAAACGUGAUUUAAAAAAAAAAUAAAAAUUAAAAAAAUUAAAAAUCAUUUCAGCAGUCAAUUUCAGCUAUUUUUAACAUGAUUCCCAUAAUUUGAUAAAAUAUAAAAGAUGUUUUCAAAAAAAAAAACACGUCAAAAAUUUUUUUUUUACAAAAACGCCAGACCCUGAGGGGAAGGGGGUGCUACCAAAAUCAAAUUUUGUAAAAAUGUAAAAAAAAUCGGGUGUUAUGUCAAAAUGUAGGUUUUUUGGGUCGAAAAACACGAAUCUGAGGAUUAAAAUGCCAGAAAAAUGUGGUACUCUGAAGAUAAAAGUGAAACACGAGGAAGUUAUUGAGUGUUCAGUGUUGAUACGACAUUUCGUCAACUUCUUCGCCUCUUCCAUAUCAGCCUCGAAAGUCGAAAUGUAUUCAUCUUUUUAUAGGUAUAUUUUCACAAUCAUAUUCAGGGAUCGCGGAGGGGGGGGUCAGUGCCUCCACCUCCAGCUCCGGCUCCCAAAUUUGAAAAAAAAUACAUCCGGCUCCGGCUCCGGCUCCAGCUCCGGAGAUUUUUCAUGAGUACCUCCACCUCCACCUCCGGCUCCACUUGAAAAAUUUCAAGUAGAUACCUCUUGCUCCGGCUCCGGCUUCAGGAGCAAGGCCCAAAAAAGGGUACCCUCCGGGGGGGGGGUUCCUGCCCUCCAGCUCCGCCUCCGGAGGUCGAGGAGGGGGAGGGUUAGAGCCUUCCCCUCCGGCUAUUUGAAAAAAAAUACCUCCGGCUCCAGCUCCGGCUCCGGUUUUUUUUGUAAGUGCCUCCGGCUCCACCUGCGGCUCCAGUAGAAAAAUGUCAAGUACCUCUUGCUCUGGUUCCGGCUCCCGGAGCAAGACCCGAAAAAUGGUACCCUCCGGGGGGGGCUCCUACUCUCCACCUCCGCUCCACUCCGCGAUCCCUGAUCAUAUUUGUACCUACUUAUUUUGUCGAAUGGAUUUUAUAAUCGAAGUGUUUAUUUUCUUGACUAUGUAAAUUUUAAAAUGUGAAGUCGUGACUGAAUAAAUUGUCUUGAUUAAUUUCA